AUGGACCCCAGCGUAGCCAUGAUGCUGCCCAAGGGCAUCGUCAUCAACACCACAAACAUUUACAAGGAGGUUGCAAGCUACCCCACCGUCCCCGCAGACAAGAUCUGGGAGUACUGGCACGUCUACACCAUCACCAACAAGAAGCUCAAGGAUCCCACGGCCCGGCGCCUGGAGAACUUUUGGUGGCAGGUCUGGGGCAGCGACCGGCGACACCUCAGCGGCCGCACCCUCGCGAGGCUCUACGAGGACAUCUCGGUCGGCCCUACCAUUGCCCCCCUCCAGGGCCCGCCGAACCGAUGGGAGGGCCCCAACGCCCCACCCCUGACGAGACAGCUGAUCCUCGCGCAUCUGAGUCAAGAGCGAGACGCGCGCCAGCCCGCAUCCGAGGCGCGCCCACCACCUCCACAGACCAAGCAGAGCGACAGCUCCGUCAGGAGCCUCUCGUCGAGCGCCUCGAAGCCGCCCCCGCCGCACCCCAUCCUCAAGAAAUCCAGGGGCCCGUCGGCCUCCGGGCCCCGGCCCACGGCCCGCUUCGUCUCCCCCCACGGGUCCGGCGACGAGGACGACAAGGAGAGCGACUUUCCCUCGUCCGGAAGCACCGUCGCGACCGGACUUGAGGCCCCUCCCGUGGCGCUGCCCAAGAAGAAGCCGCCGCACGCGACCAAAAAGUUUGUCGCGGGCACGUCGUCGGCCAAGCGGCGGCCUCUGAUGCAGAGAAGGGCCAGCCCCCAGUCGCCGGUGCUGUCCGCCGUGGGGUCGCGCAACGGCGACGCCCCCGGCUCUCGGACUGUUGGGGUCGCCCGGCCCGUCUCGCCCAUCCCGGAGCGGGCGUCGAACCACGCCAGCCCGGUGGCCGAGGGCAACGGGCAGCCAGACGGGGAGAGCCCGGUCCCCAGCGCCAAGGCUCUCGGGAAGCGGCCUGCGGUUCCGCAGAGGCUACCGACGAACAGUGACGGACCUGGCAAGGCGAGGGGCGUGUCGUCAUCGUCGUCGUUGGCGUCGUCGGCGCAUGUCGCACCGAGAGCCAACCUCCGCCCGGCGCCGCACGCGGCCGACAGCAUCGCGGAUUACAAGCGGCGCCCCGGGACACCGCCGCUGGUGUCGGCGGCUCCCGUGGCCGAAGCCGCAGCCGCCGCGCCCGCGAUGGGACGCUCGCAGUCCCACAACGGAUACGGGUAUGAGCGAUACACGGACCGCCACGGCCCCAACGCGAAGCUCUUCACCGGCGCCACGGCGUCGAUGACCAAUGUGGCCGCUCAGGGCACCAUCAUCGACCAGUCCGGCUCGCUGCCCAAGUCGAGCAUCCUCGGCGAGUCCCUGGACCACAGCACCACUCUCCCGAGCAGGCUCUCGUCGUCGUCCCUGCUCGACUCCCGCCUGACGCCGACCCAGCCCGGAACGUCGGCCAGCGUGCCCAUGGCGCGUACCAGGAGUCAGCUCACCCUGCUGCUGGAGCGCGAAAAGGCGCGGACAGGGGACAAGCCGCGGUCGAAGAACUGA